UCUCUGAAAAGUUUCUGAUUGUUUUCACUUUAUUUGUAUACUUUGCAAUUUCACAUUAAAGGUGGGAAAAGUUUUGACAUGAUUUCAUCUUAGUUUCAUUCUUUUACUUCACAAAACCCUGCCAUUGUAACAGGGGUGUGUAGACUUUUAUACCCACUGUAAAUCCUCUCACAGUGGCGUCUCUAAUCGCUUUGUGGAGGCGUUUAGUGUCUCAGACAGACUUGCUGAUGUUGUUUCUGACUGUAUCACACUCAGGUAAUCACUGUCUGUGAUUACACACACUCAUCCACACCUAGGGGCAAUUUAUCACAGCCAUGUCAUCUGCCAUACCUGCAUGUUUUUGUACAGUGGGAGGAAACCCACAUAGAUACAGGAUAAAUCUGGUUAAUCUGGUUCACUGAGGGUUUUAUACACAGGGUGUUCUCUCACUGAACCAGAUUCCCCAGAUUCUUCCUGUAUCUAAAACAGCUCUACCCACUGUACCACUGUGUCCCUUAGAAAUGUAUUGUGAAAUGUAUUGUUCUCUGCUUGAUAUCGCUUUGCUUGUAUCUUUCUCAUUUGUAAGUCGCUUUGGAUAAAAGCGUCUGCUAAGUGAAGAAAUGUAAAUGUAAAUAUAAAUGUCUCUUUUUUCAUAUUCUACACAGCUCUUUAUGAUUUAUGUGUUUGAGCAUGUGUGUGUGUGUGUGUGUGUGUGUGUGUGUGUGUGUGUGUAGUUCCUGCUCCUGUUGCAUCUGUGUUUAUAUAAAGUGGACUGUGUGUGUGUGAGUGAGUGAGUGGGGGAGAGAGAGAGAGAGAGAGAGGGAGAGAGAGAGAGAGAUUUUACACUGUAAGAAGUUGUAGUUGAAACUCCACCUUUUCUGCUCCUGACUGUGGUCAUAUCAGGUGAAAGUGAAAGCAGGUAAUUUUUGUGUCGAGAAAAACACGAAGCUCUUUGGAACAGAAUCGCACAGGACUCAUCUAAACUAAUACUAAGAGACAGCAGACAUUAGACUUUCUGAAAUAAUGUCGGGGGAGUGUGAGGAACUCAGAACAUCUGAAAUGAGUCAUCAAGAGGAGCAGCACAAGAUCCAAAGUGGAAUUAAGAAAAGGACAGUUUCACCUGUAUCCAGCUGCGUGUCCUAUAAGAGUGACCAAUCACUGCCACCUCGACCUAAUUUUAAAGGUGGAACAUCCUCUGUGGAAAGAAACCAAAAACAGAAACCAAAAAUCGACUGCAGAAAUCGGAUGGAGUCCAUAUUCAAGGAGCUGGAGCACAAAGUCAUCACUCUGUUGAAGAAUGAGCUGAACAGGUUCAAGAUGCUACUGAGUACUGAUUUCCCAGCAUGCUCUGAGGAGGAAGAGGAGGAGCAGGAUCUGCACUGUUUCAAUAAGGGUGUGCUGAAGAUCACACUGCACAUCCUGGAGAACAUGGAGCAGACAGAUCUCACUCACACACUGCAGAUCAAGCUGGGAUCUGUUUAUCAGCGAAAGCUCAAAUCCAGACUUCUAGAUAAAUUUAAAAGAAUUAAUGAAGGAAUCUCACAGCAUGGGACAUCAACACUUCUGAAUCAGAUCUACACAGAGCUCUACGUCACAGAGGGUGGGAGUGGAGACGUCAAUAAAGAACAUGAGGUGAGACAGAUUGAGACAGCGUCCAGGAGACCAGCAGCAGAGGAGACACCCAUCAAAUGUAAUGAGCUCUUUAAAGACAAGUCCAUCAGAAGAGUGCUGACUAAAGGAGUAGCUGGAAUUGGAAAAACAGUCUCUGUGCAGAAGUUCAUUCUGGACUGGGCUGAAGGUAAAGAGAAUCAGGACGUCACCUUCAUGUUUCCACUUCCCUUUAGAGAGCUGAAUUUGGUGAAGCAGGGGACCUUCAGUCUGAUGAGCCUUCUUCAUCAGUUUUUCCCUGACAUUAAGGACUUGGAAGUAAUAGACAGUGACACCUACAAAGUCCUGUUCAUCUUUGAUGGUCUGGAUGAGUGUCGACUUCCUCUAAAUUUCCAGAAGAAUGAGAUGUUGAGUGAUGUGACAGAGUCAGUCUCAGUGGAUGUGCUGCUGACAAACCUCAUCAAGGGGAAUCUGCUUCCCUCUGCUCACCUCUGGAUAACCACUCGACCAGCAGCAGCCAAUCAGAUCCCUCCUGAGUGUGUAGACCAGGUAACAGAGGUACGAGGGUUCAGUGAUCCUCAGAAAGAGGAGUACUUCAGGAAGAGGAUCAGUGAUCAGAGCCUGUCCAAUAAAAUCAUCACACACAUGAAGUCUUCCAGAAGCCUCUUCAUCAUGUGUCACAUCCCAGUCUUCUGCUGGAUCUCAGCCACUGUUCUAGAGAGAAUGUUGGGUGAAGCAAAGAUUGGAGAGAUCCCCAAGACUCUGACUCAAAUGUUCACACACUUCCUGAUCUUUCAGAUCAAACACAAGGACCAAAAGUACCAUCAGAAAUGUGACCUUGACAUUCCCCAGGCCAGAGCGAGUAUCCUGGCACUGGGAAAACUGGCUUUCCAACAGCUGGAGAAAGGAAACCUGAUGUUCUAUGAGGAAGACCUGAGAGAGUGUGGCAUUGAUGUCAGAGAAGUGACAGUGUACUCAGGAGUGUGUACCCAAAUCUUCAGAGCAGAGUCUGGACUCCACCUGCUGAAGAUGUUCAGCUUUGUGCAUCUGAGUGUUCAGGAGUUUUUGGCUGCAUUAUAUGCAUUUCUCUGCUUCCUUGACAAAAACCCAACAAAAGAACAAACCACUGAUCUUUCUGGUCUUUUCAACAUAUCAGAAAUGUCUGACUUCCUCAAGAGUGCAGUGGAUCAGGCCUUACAGAGUGACAACGGACACUUGGAUCUUUUCCUCCGCUUCCUUCUGGGCCUCUCAGUGGAGUCUAAUCGGGAGCUCAUUCGAGGUCUGCUGACACACAAAGGAAACAGCUCUGACUGUCAGAAGGACAUAGUUGAGUACAUCAAGUUCAAGUUUGAACACAAUCCAUCUCCAGAGAGAUCCAUCAAUCUGUUCUACUGUCUGAACGAGUUACAAGAUGAUUCACUAGUGAAAGAGAUCCAAAGCCGCAUGAGCUCAGGACGUCUCUCUGAAGCUGAACUCUCACCUGCUCAGUGGUCUGCUCUGGUCUUUGUGUUGCUGACAUCAGAGGAGGAUCUGGAAGUGUUUGAGCUACAGAAGUUCAUAAAGUCAGAUGAAUGCUUUAAGAGACUGCUACCAGUCGUCCGGGAAGCCACAAGAGUUCUGCUCAGCGAGUGUAACCUGACAGAGAGAAGCUGCUCGGCUUUACACACAGUUCUCAGCUCAGAAUCCUCCAAGCUGACUGAGGUGGAUCUGAACAGUAAUCCUCUGGAGGACUCAGGAGUGAAGCUGCUUUGUGCUGGACUGAAGAGUCCAAACUGUAAACUGGAGAAACUGAGACUUUCAGACUGCAGAAUAACAGAGGAAGGAUACGCUGCUCUGGCUGAAGCUCUGAAAUCAUCACACCUGAUAGAGCUGGAUCUCAGAGGGAACGACCCUGGAGCAUCAGGAGUGAAGCUGCUCACUGAUGUACUACAGGAUCCACACUGUACACUGGAGACACUGAGGCUGCUGAAAAGUGCUGAUGCAGAGAAGGCCUGUGAUUUUCUGACUGAGGUUCUGGGUAAAAACCCCUUACUGCAGAGAGAACUGGAUCUGAGUGGAAAAAUAAAAGGAGAUUCAGGAGUGAAGCAGCUCUCUGUUCUACUGGAGGAUUCACACUGCAGACCUGAGAGACUCAUGCUAAAGGGCUGUGGUGUUACAGAAGAAGGCUGUUCUGCUUUGACUUCAUCUUUUCAUUCAAAUCCUGCACACAUAAGAGAGAUGGAUCUGAGUGAGAAUAAAUGUGGAAACUCUGGAGUGCAGAAGCUUUGUGCACUACUGCAACAUCAGCCCUGUAACCUGCAGAUACUGAGACUUUCAGACUGCAGUAUAACAGAGAAAGGAUACGCUGCUCUGGCUGAAGCUCUGAAAUCAUCACACCUGAUAGAGCUGGAUCUCAGAGGGAACGACCCUGGAGCAUCAGGAGUGAAGCUGCUCACUGAUGUACUACAGGAUCCACACUGUACACUGGAGACACUGAGGUUGUUGAAAAGUGCUGAUGCAGAGGAAGCCUACAAGUGUCUUACUAACAUUUUCAGAAGAAACCCCUUACUGCACACGGAGCUGGAUCUGAGAUACAAGACACCUGAAGACGUCAAAGUGGAGCAUCUCUCGGCUCUGCUGCAGGAUCCACAUUACAGACUGCAGAAACUCACGUUGUAUGAUAAAGGCAGUAUUACAGAAGAUGACUUUUCACAUUUGACCUCUGCUCUGGUUUUAAAUCCUUCACACCUGAGAGAGUUGAAUCUAAACAGGAAUGAAGCAGGAGAGUCUGGAGUGAGAAAUCUGUGUGAUUUCCUGAAGAAUCCUAAAUGUAACCUGCAGAAACUAAAAUUACGUAACAGUGUAAAUGAGAAAUCCUGCACUGAUUUGGUUUCAGCUCUCUGUACAAAUCCAUCACACAUCAGAGAGCUGGAUCUGAGUGGGUGUAAACUAGGAGACUCAGGAGUGGAGAAGCUCUGUGAUCUACUGAAGAAACACGAGUGUAAACUGGAGACACUGCGGUUAAUAGAUUGCAGAAUAACAGAUAGAGACUGUGCUGCUCUGACUGCAGCUCUGAAGUUAAACUCCUCACAUCUGAAAGAUCUGGAUCUGAGCUAUAAUGAACUGGGAAAUUCAGUCACACAACUCGAGGAGUUACUGAAGCGUUCAGGAGGACAGAUACGAUAUGAUGAAAUCCACAUGAGUGAAACUGUUCUUCACAGUAGUACUAGACGCACCAGAGAGAAAACGUGUAAAGUGUGUACAGUAAUGUAGGAAGCAGUGUUUACA